CAACGCUGGUGGCAAAAUCGCAAGAUUAUCAUCACUGGUCAUCCUGUUUUUUUUUAUUUGAAUUGAAGGAAAAAAAUCGAAGCCGACGCAAAUGAAGUAUUUCAGGAAAUUGCAAUAUUUUUAAGAUUAUUAUCUUGCAAUUGUUAGAAGUACAAGUCAAAUUAAAAUUAUAGUGAUCUAAAUAAUCUUGGGAGUAAGACAAAAAUGGCCAAUGCCUACGAAGGUAAUGGUGAAUAUUCCAAUUACGCUGAGGAUGAAAGCGAAUAUGGAAAGCAGCGUAAAAUGACAGCUACAGGGCCGCACAAUGGCGACAAUAAUCAUGGAGAUCUUCAUCAUCAUGGCACGAAUACAAAUAUGACUCCAGGUGAAAAUAGUUACCUCAAUGAAAAGGCAAACGAUUAUAUUAGGGACUGUCUAAACGAAAAAUCUCGUAUGGAUCGUAAAUUUCCAAUAGCUGAGAAACUUUUAGAUACGGAAAUUGAGAAAGUUCAGACAACAGGACGUCUACCGUCGAGGGAACAGAAAUAUGCCGAUAUAUAUCGUGAGAAGCCUUUGAGGGUAUCACAGAAAGUUCUAGUUCCAAUUAGAGAGCAUCCUAAGUUUAAUUUUGUGGGCAAAUUGUUGGGGCCGAAAGGAAAUUCUUUGCGGAGACUGCAAGAGGAAACAAUGUGUAAAAUGACAGUUUUAGGGCGCAAUUCAAUGAGGGACCGUGUUAAAGAAGAGGAACUUCGCAAUUCUAAAGACCCUAAAUACUCUCAUCUGAACAGUGAUCUUCAUGUGGAAAUAUCUACAGUAGCUCCUCCAGCAGAAGCUUAUGCUCGAGUAGCAUAUGCAAUGGCCGAAUUGCGCAAAUAUCUUAUACCGGAUAGUAACGACGUAAUUAGACAAGAGCAAUUACGGGAACUUAUGGACAGCACACAUAUUUCUGAUGAGCAAAAAUCAUUAAACUUCAACAAAAAAGUUUCACCAUAUCAAGUGGGUGCAGCCGGUGGCGGUAGUGGCAUUGGAAUAUUAACAGGCGGACCUAACGCAGCUGUUGCCUCAUUGGGACCAUCCUGUUCAAAUUCAUUGGCAAAUCAAACGAAAAAUGUUACUCCAUAUAGAUCUUCUAGCCAAAAUGCUGUUGGCCCAACUUCAUCCACAGUAACGUCAUAUAACAAAACCAAUAUAGCACCCAAGCAGAAAGUCAUGUCAAUAUUAGAAAAGGCACGUUCUGCAAUGGAGGAAACGUACGGUCGCGGUUACGACGAUAAUCCGCCAUAUGACCACCAUCAAGCACCUCAUUCAUACGAUUCAUAUGCCACAUAUACAGGGCAAGCGACACAAACCCCAGCUGGACAUAACCCCCACGGCCCUCAGACGCCGGGUAUUGGUAUCAACACUUUGAAUUCGGCUAGAGCUCCAUACGAAACGGUUGAAUAUGAGACAAACGAUUACAACAGACGUGAUUAUUAUCAGAACCCAAAUGCGGCAUCCACAUCAAGUUAUGGAGCUUCUGGUAUUCAGCCACCAAAUAAUGGCGGCAUAAAUCCAAAUCAAAAUCAAAACCGUAGUCAUGUUAACAGGUGAAAUAUAUUUUCAUCGCAAAAACAACAACUGCAACAGCAGCAACAAAUAAAUACAAAUAAUAACAAUUCAGUUUCGAGAUUACGUUGCCCUUCAAUUUCAUCCUUUUCAACUUCUUCCGCGGUGUUAAAACCUGGAAACUUGUCUCACUUAUCCGCCUCAGUUGACGUAAAGUCAGGCUUUUCAAAUUCGACUAACAACUCGAUAAAUUCUAAUCUUAGCGGUUCAAUUUUUAUGGCCACUGCAUCUGGAAGCUCUUCUUACCAGACAUUACAAACACAAUCAUCAUCCACAACAGUAACAUCUGUUGCAGCAACAGAAACACCACUAACAAAUAAUUCACAUAUUAGCCCCACUUUACGUACAAUGACAAUACCAACACAAAUCUUCCCACCGUCUCUUGUCCAAAAUCAACCAAUAUCUACUACAAACAAUGAAACUCAGAACACUAACAUAACAAAUAUUACAAAUCAAAAAAAUUCAUGUUUCAAAAAUACCAACACCACUUCAGAGGCGGCGUUAGUUGAAACAACAAUAUCUCCCUUCAAUAAUCUCCAUCGUACUUUCGAUAGCAAUAAAACAUUAUUGGCAUCAACUACUUCGACUUCGAUUACCAAUCAACGUUCAUCCGCAACUGCUAGUUUACUUUUUGUAAGACCCGCAAAUCAUUCUAAUACUCUUCAUGUCGUACAAUACAACAGUACAGUAAAAUUAACAACAGAAUCAACUACUAUAACAAUAACAUCACAACAUACUCAUCUUAACAGCAUCAGCAUUUUGUAUUCAAUCAAAUGUUGGUCAAUUGUACCAGUAUCUAAUUCUUUUUGCAUAUGAAUAUUUUAAUUUCGAUAAAAAAAAAUACAUAUUGACGGGACCUACAUUCCCUUAUUCCUUCUCGCACAGUGUAAAAUUAACAUUUUAAAAAUUUCAUUUUUAAUUGAUGCUCUUCUUAAUAUUAAACAUUACCACUUAGUUUAAAUCACGGAUUGAAUUAAUGCUAAAAUUAAAAGACUUUAAGUCUUAUAAAAAUACAAUAAUAGACGAAAACAAAACAAGAAAACUAUAAUUAUAAAUAAACAUUAAAAGAGAUUAAAUAAAUUAAGAUAAAACUCUAACAAGCCCUUGAUUAAGGGACCCUUAAAAACAUGAUGAACUACUUAUAUUUAUAAAAAAAAAUGAAAUUUACUAUAUAUUUACAAUUGAA